AUGAGGGGAAAACCUAUCAUCACCAAUAUGAUUUUCUUAUUGGCUUGUGCGUGUAAAAAUAUGGCGUUAUGGAUACUUAUUAUGGUUUAUAUAUCACAUUAUAGUGAGGGAUUGGGUACUCCUGCAAUCACUGUUAAAAAUGGUGUCGGAGUGCUUAGAUUAUUACAACCAGCAUUUGUUGGGAGAAACGUGACGUUUGAAUUUACACCGUCUUCAUCGACCUCAACAGACGAUAUCAGGUUGAACUACAUAAAACGGAAUGGGUCAAUUGCAAAAACAAUUGAUGAGGAUUAUUUACAUGUACAGCGUGAGGGACAAUCUACAGUUUUUACCAUUACUGACGUAGAUCGAAGUUAUAAUGGAACCUCUGUAUACACCUCAAUUGGCAACACGAGAAAAUCGCCCUUACUCGAAUUGAACUUAAAAGUUUACACAGAUGCGGGCGGCUGUGGAGAACUGUAUUUUCUUUCGGAGAGACCUUAUUUUGCCGGAGACAAUUUGAGUCUUGGAUAUUUCCUGUCACCACAGGUUGCAAAAGAGAAAAAUACAAGCAAGUAUUCUGUAAAACUCAUCAAUGAGUACUUAAUGUCUUUUGAACAAGCAGAAGGUGUUUUAGAACUUGACCAGGUGGGCCACGAGUUUAUCUUUACUUUGUUCAACGUUACGAAAAAUGACAAUGGACAUUAUUGGAUUCAGUGUCUGGAUGGAGUUUACGGAAAGUUCUCUAAUGGUGUCCAUGUGUCGAUUAAAGGAAAGCCGAUAAUUGGUCCUUUGACCACAAUUUCUACAUGCAGAGAGUGUAUCGUUUUUAAAACAGAACACAGACUUAGAAAAGUGUUCUGCGAAACGGAUGAAGAGUAUAACGCCUCAAAUGUAGAAUUUGAAAUAGGACUAAUUCAAUAUGCAUCAUUCAAAUUAUCACGGAAUCGAUUUGGAUUGAAUUCAUUUGACAAACCAGCAAAUGCGUUCCAUCAACUAAAUGCUAUUUGUACAGUCUUUGGAAUACACCGGAACAUGUCAGUGGAAGCUUCAAUAUAUGUAGUCGUAAAUCCUAAUGGUUCUCCACAACUCUCGGCUGACGAAGUGCUUUUAGAGGGAGAACCUGUAAAUAUAACUUGCACAUCAUCGAGCGCUAGGCCGCCACCAUUGUUGAAACUAUUUGUCGAAGAUAUUGAAAUUGAUACAAAUACCAAUGUAUCAACAACGCUUGACGACUCAACCGGGUUAGGCAAAUCUGUAUCCACACUACAUUCGUUCAAGAAGGAGUGGGGAAACAAGAACAUGUCCUGUCAACAGCUUCCGGAGGUGAAUGGAUUAUAUCAUGAGAGGGUGUCAAACAAAGUACAAAUUUAUCACAAAUGGUUUUAUAAAUAUCGAUGGUAA